AGCGCCUGCGCGGGCGCGGGCAGCCGGGAUAUGGCGGGGCCCGGUUGGGGCCCCCCGCGCCUGGACGGCUUCAUCCUCACCGAGCGCCUGGGCAGCGGCAAGUACGCCACGGUGUACAAGGCCUACGCCAAGAAGGACACUCGGGAGGUGGUAGCCAUAAAGUGUGUAGCCAAGAAAAGUCUGAACAAGGCAUCGGUGGAGAACCUCCUGACAGAGAUUGAGAUCCUCAAGGGCAUUCGACACCCCCACAUUGUGCAGCUGAAAGACUUUCAGUGGGACAGUGACAAUAUCUACCUCAUCAUGGAGUUCUGCGCAGGGGGUGACCUGUCUCGCUUCAUCCGUACCCGCAGGAUUCUGCCUGAGAAGGUGGCGCGUGUCUUCAUGCAGCAGUUAGCUAGCGCCCUGCAGUUCCUGCAUGAACGCAAUAUCUCUCAUCUGGAUCUGAAGCCACAGAACAUUCUGCUGAGCUCCUUGGAGAAGCCCCACCUAAAACUGGCAGACUUUGGUUUUGCACAGCACAUGUCCCCGUGGGAUGAGAAGCAUGUGCUCCGUGGCUCCCCACUCUACAUGGCCCCCGAGAUGGUGUGCCAGCGGCAGUAUGACGCCCGCGUAGACCUCUGGUCCGUCGGGGUCAUCCUGUAUGAAGCCCUCUUCGGGCAGCCCCCCUUUGCCUCCAGGUCGUUCUUGGAGCUGGAAGAGAAGAUCCGUAGCAACCGGGUCAUCGAGCUCCCCCCGCGGCCCCUGCUCUCACGAGACUGCCGGGACCUACUGCAGCGGCUCCUGGAGCGGGACCCCAGCCGUCGCAUCUCCUUCCAGGACUUCUUUGCGCACCCCUGGGUGGACCUGGAGCACAUGCCCAGUAGGGAGAGUCUGGAUCGAGCAACCACCCUGGUGGUGCAGGCUGUGAAGAAAGACCAGGAGGGGGAUGCAGCAGCCGCCUUAUCGCUCUACUGCAAGGCUCUGGACUUCUUCGUACCUGCCCUGCACUAUGAGGCGGAUGCCCAGCGGAAGGAGGCAAUUAAGGCAAAGGUGGGGCAGUACAUGGCCAGGGCCGAGGAGCUCAAGGCCAUCGUCUCCUCCUCCAAUCAGGCCCUGCUGAGGCAGGGGACCUCUGCCCGAGAUCUGCUCAGAGAGAUGGCCCGGGACAAGCCACGCCUCCUAGCUGCCCUGGAAGUGGCUUCAGCUGCCAUGGCCAAGGAGGAGGCCGCUGGUGGGGAGCAGGAUGCCCUGGACCUGUACCAGCAUAGUCUGGGGGAGCUGCUGCUGCUGCUGGCAGCGGAGCCCCCGGGCCGGAGGCGGGAGCUGCUUCACACUGAGGUUCAGAACCUCAUGGCCCGAGCUGAAUACCUGAAGGAGCAGGUCAAGAUGAGGGAAUCUCGCUGGGAAGCUGAUACCCUGGACAAAGAGGGACUGUCGGAAUCUGUUCGUAGCUCUUGUACCCUACAGUGACCCCAGAAGAAUGACUGGACAGACGUGAGCCAUCUGGAGCAGAGGGACACUAACCUAGGCUGACGCCAAGAAUGAAGUGGCCCACUGCAGCCCUGGCGAGCAGGCUUCUUGGGUAGACAGUGCUGAGACCCCCACAUUCCAGAGUCCCCAGACUCCCUCGGGUUACUCUGCACCCGACAGACAGUUUGAUGGCUGUGCUGUGUGCUGGAGGGGAGGGCAGGACUCUGGGAGAACAGCACUUCUUUCAUGAGACCUUUGUUAUUCAGUGGUUACUGGGUCCUGUGCCUGUCAGUUUUGGAGCAUGCAGCCGUCUAUCAUUUUUUUGCUCUGAGAAGAGGGCAAGGGGCCCCUGCAGGGCACUUCUGUGCUUGCCCUCGCCCUGCCAGCAGGCAGCUGUGCCCCUGGCCUGCCCUUCCCGGGACCCCUUAUUCCGACUCAGCUCCUCCUUGCACUGGAAUGGGGCACUCCAGCACCCCUCAGGGACCACCCACCCCACAGUAUGCACUCAGCCCCACAGAACCCACCAGUCUUUCUGGGAACUCACACCUGCCCACCAUCUCGGUACUUCAAAUUAAUCCUUCAAGCAUGAAAGUUGUAUCUUUCGGGGUGGGGCAAAUUUAAGAAACCCAUUUCUUGUUCCUGCCCUGGCCUAGGGAGCACUCAGGAAGGUUCCUUGGUCCUCAUCUCUCCCACCUCCGUUCCUCUUUGGGCCCCACACUAGCCACAGCGCGGGCCUUGUGCUGGAGUUUGAGCCUGGGAGAGGGAGACGGUCUGACCCAAUGCACCCCAGGCUACCCACUUCUAGGCCUGCUCUGCCACUGGAGCCCUGGGCAAACCCCUUCCCCUUUGUGGGCCGGGGUCUCCCCAUCUCUUCAAUGGGGCUGAUAACGCCACAGCCCACAGCAUGGGCACUUAUGAGGACAAAGUGAAUUUAACCUGGAAAAAAAAAAAAAAAAAAAAAA